UUAGCGUCUCCAAACAAAAGUUAUUCCGUUCCGGAGAAAAGUGGGUGUAUUUUUCAGCGUUUUUUGCAAUGAAAAUCACGUUUUUCCUAGUUUUUCUUGGUGUUACUUUCAUCCGGAAUGUGCGGAGUAUCAGCGUGGACGAUAAUGGAUACAUCAUGUUCUGUCCUUGCAUGGGUCGUUUCGGUAACCAAGCUGAUCACUAUCUGGGUGCGUUAGGUUUUGCUCACGGAUUAAAUCGGACGCUGGUGCUUCCACCGUGGGUGGAAUAUAGGAAAGGAGCGGCGAAUUCCAUUCAGGUGCCGUUUAAUACGUACUUCCAGGUGGCACCAUUGAUGGAUUAUCAUCGGGUGAUUACGAUGGAGAACUUCAUGACACAUUUGGCGCCAUCGUUGUGGCCACCAGAGGAACGGAUUUCGUUCUGCUACACGGAGAGGAUGGGUUUGGAUGGGAGCAAGGGUGGUGGAUGCAACGCCAAGAGUGGUAAUCCGUUCGGGCCUUUCUGGGAUACGUUCCAGGUCAAUUUUGCCAGGUCGGAGUUCUUCGGGCCCAAGCUGAACUACGAUGUGUAUCAUCAUGGCAUGGCGAACAAGUGGGCAGAAAAGUAUCCAGGUGAUAAGUGGCCCGUGAUUGCAUUUACUGGAGCACCUGCCAGUUUUCCCAUUCAGAUGGAGAAUCGCGAGCUGCACAAGCAUUUGAAGUGGUCUUUCAAGAUAGAGAAUGCCGCACGUGACUUCAUUCAAAGCUCACUGCCCAAAGGAGCUUUCAUGGGAAUCCAUUUGCGAAAUGGAAUCGAUUGGGUACGGGCAUGCGACCACGUUAAAGAAAGCUCCAACCUGUUCUCGUCGCCACAGUGUCUUGGUUACCGGAACGAGAAAGGAUCGCUUACCGUGGACAUGUGUCUUCCACCGAAAGACAUCAUAAUUCGUCAGAUUAAACGGCAGAUCAAAAACCAUAAAGAGGCUUAUAAAAAUAACGAAAUCAAAUCGGUUUUUGUUGCGUCGGACAAUAAUCAUAUGAUUCACGAUUUGAACGAAGCACUCAGACGGAUGGAUGUCGUGGUCGUGAAACUGCCGGAGAAUAACCCACAUCUGGAUCUGGCCAUUCUAGGGAUGUCCAACCACUUCAUCGGGAAUUGUGUCUCAUCUUAUACGGCCUUCGUCAAACGGGAGCGAGACGCUAAGGGAUUCCCGUCCACAUUCUGGGCCUUCCCGGCGGAGAAACAUAUUGUGAAGACGACGGCAAAGGCAGCCGGUUCAGUGACGCAUGAAGAGCUGUGAUCAUGUGCGGCGUGGAGGGAUGAUGCUGACGAUCGAGGAUGAGAUCAUAGAAAGAAACUGAAGAAUUAAGACAAAUAAAAAACAACAUACGGGGCUACCCCAAGGUUCCUUACGUGAGUGUUUGUAUGGAGGCACAACAGCGCCUCUCGUAUUGGUGGACGUUGGUUGUUUUGAUUUUAAGACAGCAAUCACCGUUCGUGCAAUAUACAUAGUGUAGUUUGAAUAGGUUUUGUGACUUUUCGAUUCUAUGGUGUUUUGUUGAGAUUGUGUAUACAACGCAAUAUCUCUUUUUCUCUGCGAAUGACCUUCUUGUUGCGUUUCUGUGGGCUGGUAUUUUGCUUUAUAGGCCCACGAGAAUCAGUGGUUUGUUUCUGUGAGAUGUUCCAUUUCGGUUACCAGCGAUCUGACGAUUAGUAAUGCAUUUUAUGACAUAGUUUUUUUUUUUUUUGAUGAGUAAGCACGUAUGGUUUUUGUUUGUAGUAAACACACAAUAGCAUUGAAACUGAUAGACUUAGGAAGUAUUAUUUACAUAGGAAGGUCAGGUGUUUUGCAGACUGAUUGAUGAAAUGAACAUGCAACUACUCAGUAACUCAGUGAUAAUUAAAAAUGAAGAUUUAAUCUUGGCUGUAC